GUAUCAGAUUGCCCCGGCGGAUUUAUAAUAGACGUUGGCGAUCAUUUCCGAAGGCACCUUUUUGCCUCCACAAGAACCGAUGAUUUCCUCAAAGAUGUACGGCGCCUAGCCGCAGAAAAUCUCGGAGUGAUAGUUCCUAUAACAAAGGAAGCUGCUACUUUGGAUGAGUUCGCGCGUACAAGACUUGGAUUGUGCAGUCGAGAUGAUCAGAUUACUUCCUAUGCGGAGUUCAAAGUACAAAAAUACAGUCGUCGUCACGAACAACCCGUUCGUCGAUUACUUUGCCUUAGUGAAACAUGUCUUGUGGAACGUGAUCCAGCCACAUAUGCUGUCGUUUGCGCAACUCCAUUGGAACAGAUUGUAUGUCUCGUCCGUUUAGAAAAAGAUCCCCAACAAUUCGUAGUUGAGUACAUGAACGCUGAAGGCAGAGUGUAUUCAGCUGCCGAAAGAGAUCUCAUUAUCGCUUCACUUGUUGAUGGUAUACGAGCUGCUGGAAACGAGCAGGUAAGCCUACGCAAACUGUUAGGAUGCCUUUUAAAUUCGACCUCUUUCGUCCAAACGGUUAUCUCUACGCUAUUACACAUUAUGGUUUCUGGUACAUUUAAAGGAUAGAA